AUGAGGCUGCUAACCCACAACAUGCUAUCAUCCAACAUCAAGGGCGUGGCCAACGGCUUCCCACUGAGAAUCGAAGUUGAGAAAGUUGUCGAGAAGCAAGUAGACUUCAACGCCGACUUUCUCAAGAACAUGUUCGCCAAAAUCGAGUGGAAGGCCCUCGUAGACGCCUCCAGAUCCAUGGGCUACUCGGAGCUUCCCGGAGAGGCCAACCCUGCGAUGCUAAANUGGAAGGCCCUCGUAGACGCCUCCAGAUCCAUGGGCUACUCGGAGCUUCCCGGAGAUGCCAACCCUUCGAUGCUAGACUCCGAUGACUUUCUCCAGAAGUUCCACCACGCGCUCCUCGAGCUCCACCUCGAAGAAGGUGCUCUUGUCUGCCCUGAGACCGGCCGGAAAUUUCCCGUCAAUAAGGGGAUUCCCAAUAUGCUUCUUCAUGAAGACGAGAAGUUCCACCACGCGCUCCUCGAGCUCCACCUCGAAGAAGGUGCUCUUGUCUGCCCUGAGACCGGCCGGAAAUUUCCCGUCAAUAAGGGGAUUCCCAAUAUGCUUCUUCAUGAAGACGAGGUCUGA